ACUGACGAAGACGAUGGCUGAUCCGUUGAAACUAAUGUUUGACGAACUAGGAGUCUGCACAGAAGAAGCGCUAUUCUACCUCGAAGGAUUCCGAUGGGAUCUAAACGCAGCGACGGAGGCUUGCCGCACCAAAACAUUACCGUCGCCGGCUCAACCUCCGUCGUCGGAGAACCAGAGAACCGCGGCGGAGGAACAAAGCAGAAACGAGAAGAUCGCGAGAUUCAUAGACCUUUCUCAUGGAUCGGCGUCUGUGGCCGACGCAACAAAGUACCUCAGCGACAACAAUUGGAGCCUAGAGCACGCCGCCCGCGCUUUCUGUGCACAUCGCUAUGAUAAACCUGAGAAGAAGUCGAAACCCAUGCCGUUAUCUCACGACGGUGGUGAUACUGAGCCGCAGUUUCAUAGUACCUCGACAAAUCUCAGAAUCGAGAGCCCUCCUUGGGUUAGUACGGCGCCGUUUAGACUGGCACAGCAAAGAAUAAACCACUUCCACGAUGUCGUUUCUGCUGCCUCUGCAAAAGCCGUAAUCGAUUGCCUCAACUACUGCAAGGGGGAUGUAGAUGCCGCCAUCUUCUAUUUCGAUGACGUUUACAGUAAAAAGUUACCUGAUGAGAUCAAGGAAGAGCUCAUCGCUUCAUUCUCUUUGACCACUGGAGAGACUAGACAAGUUGCAAAAGUUUACUUGGAACAGUAUAUGUGGAAUCUAGGCCAAGCCGUCGACUCUUUCUUUGAACAUAGUGACUCGGAGAAACAAACAUCUGCAUUGAAUAACAGAGAUCCGCCACUUGAAGAGGCUGGUGAAGGAGACGUCACAGUGGGUAUACCUGGCAUGGCGUCAUCUCAAGCGGAUGGUGAGGCUGUAGAGGAAGGUUCAAGCACGGAGACAGUCCCUGAUCCUAUUAUGAUAACUAUCUCCUUGGCAGAUACGUCUGGGGUAUCGCUGGAGCUUCCUUUUACAUCAGACCAAACCGUAAGAGACAUCCGCAAUGCCAUUGACCAGCGAUAUCCAAAUAACGACAGGGGCUACGUUUUGGAAUCGGGGGAUGGAGUACGCUACAUGGAUUGGAAUGUAACUGUAUACAGAGUUACUAGGGGUGAAUCUACAACUCUCUUCCAGAUCUACCCCUAGCCUUUGUUUUGGUAACAGUUUUGAGAGAGAGAGAGAUAGAAAGAGGAUUCAUAUAGAACGUUGAAAAGGAUUCUCGCUUUGUAUAGGAAAAAAAAAUAGAACAGAGAAGCUUCAUACUUGUUUUGAAAUGGGAACUGAUAAGAGAUAGAAAGAGGAUUUA